UUGCUAGUGACUAGCGCAGCUAGCCUCCUGUUGUGUGUGUGCAUUUGAUGAGGAGUGCUGUUCAGGGGAAAUGUGGUCCUUUUUCGCCAGGGAUCCCGUAAAAGACUUUGCUUAUGAAAUUCUCCCCGAGAGCCAGGAAAAGUCUGGAAUAUGGACUUUGCAUCGAGGGAAACGAAAGACCACCGGAGAGCCGGUGUCUGUGUUCGUGUACGAGAUGGCUCAGGGAACAGACCAGCAGACCCAGCUGGCCAAAGCUGCAUUCAAACGAAUGAAGACCCUGCGUCACCCUAACAUUCUGGCUUAUGUCGAUGGACUGGAGACAGACAAGAGCCUGUAUCUGGUUACUGAGCAAGUGACGCCACUGGCAGUCCACCUGAAGGCCCAAGCAGAGCGGGGUGGAGCAGGGGAACUGGAGGGCUCCUGGGGACUGCACCAAAUAGUGAAAGCUCUGAGUUUCCUUGUCAAUGACUGCCACCUGCUUCACAACAAUUUGGGUAUAUGGGCUGUGUUUGUGGAUCGUGCUGGAGAGUGGAAGCUAGGGGCCCUCGACCAUGUGGCUCCUGAGCAGGGUGACCCCAGCGGGAUCGCCGUCCCUUCCCCAAAGGCUGUUUAUCCAGACAUGGAGAAAUAUGACCCACCAGAGAUGCCCAACAGCGGUGGAGAGAAAUGGGCGGGGGAGGUGUGGCGAUUAGGCUGCCUGAUUUGGGAGGUGUUUAAUGGGCCACUGCCCCGCACUUCCUCCCUCCGUUCUUUGGGAAAGAUCCCCAAGACACUGGUCCCCCACUACUGCGAGCUGGUAGGGGCCAAUCCUCGGGCUCGGCCAAAUCCAGCCCGGUUCCUCCAAAACUGUAGAGCACCUGGUGGAUUUCUCAGCAACAGCUUUGUGGAGAGCAACCUUUUCUUGGAAGAGAUCCAGAUCAAGGAGCCCGCUGAGAAGCAGCAGUUUUUCCAGGAUCUGAGUGACAAUCUGGACUCUUUCCCUGAAGAUUUCUGUAAACAUAAAGUCCUCCCUCAGCUGCUCACUGCCUUCGAGUUUGGCAAUGCAGGGGCUGUUGUCCUCACACCGCUUUUUAAGGUGGGAAAAUAUCUGUCUGCAGAGGAGUACCAACAAAAGAUUAUCCCAGUCAUUGUGAAGAUGUUUUCCUCCACAGACCGAGCUAUGAGGAUACGACUUCUGCAGCAGAUGGAGCAGUUCAUACAGUAUCUCAAUGAGGCAGCAGUUAAUUCCCAGAUUUUCCCUCAUGUUGUUCAUGGAUUCACAGACACCAAUCCUGCCAUCAGAGAACAGACUGUGAAGUCUAUGCUGCUGUUGGCUCCCAAACUGAAUGAGUCGAACUUGAACCAAGAUCUGAUGCGUCACUUCGCCCGUCUGCAGGCCAGGGAUGAGCAGGGCCCCAUACGGUGCAACACCACCGUCUGUCUGGGGAAGAUUGCCUCAUAUCUUAACCCUGGGACUCGACAGCGUGUUCUUAUUUCUGCCUUCUCUCGAGCCACUAAAGAUCCGUUCCCUGCAUCGCGCUCUGCUGGCGUGCUGGGCUUCGCCGCUACACACAACUAUUACAGCGUAGUCGAGAUUGCAGCCCGGAUCCUACCCACCCUUUGUGCCGUGACCGUUGACCCUGAUAAGAAUGUCAGAGAUCAGGCAUUCAAGGCCAUCAAAAGUUUCCUCUCCAAAUUGGAGGCUGUUUCAGAAGAUCCAAACAAGUUGUCUGAGAUUGAGAAGGAUGUUGGGUCGAGUGCUCAGCCUGCAGGUGCCUCCUCCAGCUGGGCUGGCUGGGCUGUAACUGGUAUGUCCUCUCUAACUUCCAAACUGAUCCGCAAUGCCCCGGGGACAGAAGGGGGUGCUGUGACGGAGAACAGUGAACCUGCAAACAGCACAGAAGCAACUAGUGCCCCUGAAGACACACCUACUCCUGGUUCAGAAGACAGAACUGAACAGCCCUCUCUCACGCACCAUGCUGCCUCUAGUCGUAGCAAACAAUCUCACACCCUGGAAGUCACAGACAAUGAUGAGGAGCCAAAUGGAGACCGCUGGGAUGAGGAGGAGGAUUGGGGAAGUUUGGAGGAGCCGGAAAAAGCUCAGACCGAUGACUGGAACACUGACUGGUCUGGAAAUGCGCCCUCCAAAAAGAAGACCAGUGACAGAGGGAUGGGCCGGUCGUCCACAUCCACAGCAGUGAAGAAACAGAGCUCUGACUGGAGCAGCUCGGGCUGGGAUGCUGACGACAGCUGGUCCAAUGAGAAGGACGGUCAAGGUCAGAGCUCUGCGGGCGAGGAAGGCUGGGGCAAUGAGUGGGGGGAGGAGGAGACGGAUACAUCCACGGCAAAUGCAACGCUGCCCCUGCCCGAAGGGGUGCGAUUAGCCAGCGAUUACAACUGGGAAAGCAGCAACAUGGGGAAGAGUCAGAAUGAUCUGUUCGCAAGUGUGUCCCAGAGAAACACUGCUGCCACAACGGUUGGAGAGGGUUGGGGUGCAGAGGCAACGGGAGACUGGGGGACUGAGGAGAGCUGGGAGUCUGUAGAGGGAAGCCAGAGUCUCAGCAAGGCAGAGCUAUCCAAAAAGAAACGCGAAGAGAGGAGGAAAGAGUUGGAGGCAAAACGAGCAGAACGUAAAGCUGCUAAAGGACCUCUGAAACUGGGUGCACGCAAGCUGGACUGAUUCAGGUGGAACAGGGAGGAAAGGACCACACGGACCGGAGCACAGCAGUGGAUGGAGCUUCCACAUUCCACAAGCAGACAUUCAGAAAGAAGUGACAGCAGCGAAGAAAAGUGGUUGUCGGUCUGUCUUCAUUAAAGAACUGGUAACGAUGAAGGCAUACACAGAAAAGUGACAGGAACUCCACAGACUUGAAGCACCGCACAGCAGAGAAAAUUUAAAUUAAAUGUUCCCAUUUUUUUUAAAUGAAUUGCUCCAAGUUGAAGUUGUACAGUAAAUGUAUAUACAUAAUGCAUCUAGUCUUAAAAGAACUUAGUUUUUUUUUUUUUAAGAGGAUAAAUAUAUCUAAUAGAAUCUCUGAAUCAUUUACUAUGCUGAAUGUUUUUUCAGUACAUAAAGUAUGUAAACAAUGUGGAUAUGACUUUCGGUUCACCUUGUCUCAGAUUUCAGACUUUCAGUAUGCCCAUGCAUGCACUUGUGUACUUGUGGCAAAGCAAAAGGCUUUAUGGCAAAAGUUAUAAAUGUGUUGUCUUGAUUUUGCACAUAUAACACUGUACUUCACUGAAAUGACUGCUUGAGAGGUUCUCUGGCUUCACUGGCUAUGGAGCUUUACAUGGAAGACAGUGGACUUGGGAAACAGGAGCAGCUUAUUCACGGAAAGCUGUUAAAUUUGAGAUGGGAGCCUGGUUUCAAGGCAGAAUCACAUGUUGUUUUUUCAUCAUUUUUCUGUCUCUGAGAAGGUGUAGUGCUGUUUUGAGUUUUAUCUUGUCUGGCAGGGCUUGUUUUUUUUAUGAUUAUUUUUUCAUUGUGUAAUCUAACUGGGGUUACUGAAAAGGGUAAUCGCAAGAGGUUGAGGUUUACCCAUAAUCAUUUAAGUCAAUGGUGAGUGUUGUAUGGGUGAGUAUUCCUAAAAAAAACAAAUCAACUAACUAGUUGAUUUGUUUUUUUUAAAUAAUUAAAUUAAUUAAAUCAU